AUGGACGCUGCGGCGAUAGUGAUCGGAGCUGUAACCACUCCUGAAGCAUCGCGCAAACGCAAGCGCGCUCGGCAAGCAUGCGAUCACUGUCGCGCCAAGAAGAUACGCUGCAAUGGAGAGAACGUCAAUGAGCCGUGUCCUAACUGCAUCGAUCGGGGCAACGUUUGUGUGACGACAAGGAACUCUCGCCGAGUCCCACAAAUUACUUCAGCUGUCCCUGCACCUACCAACACCGACUCGCCUGCGCCACCACAAGAUGCCAAUGUAACUGCAGACUCAGGGCUAUCUGCAGACUCAGUGUUCGUGCACGAUGACAAUGCUGAUACUACUGAGCAGGAAGAGGACGCGCUUCACGUAUCACCGGACGCUCUGCGAGAGCGAAGCAGCAUCUUGCCCAGUGACAUGACUAACUGGGAAUACCAUGGUCCUCGUUCAUUCCUCUCGAUAUGCUCAAGACCCGCAGUGAAAUGGGUGAGCGAACAGACGGGCCGCUUAGACUUCUCAGAGACAGCUAGCCAGUUUGCGUCCGACAUUUCUCGGCGGCUCAAGAUGGAUGCAGACCUCUCUGUUGCGCGAGCACCCGAGCCGGGUGCAGAGACCGCCUGGCGAUACACAGAAGCAUACUUCUCGACGGCCCUGGACGCCUCUCUUGGUGUCUUGUGCCGGCCUUGGUUCGAACGCCAGCUUUCCGCUCACCUGGCCGGUCGCCUCUGCGACAGUGGUCCAGCAUGGCAUGCUCUGAGGAACGUGGUCUACGCAGCCGGCUGUCGUAUCGAAUUGUCUAAGUCGCGGCUGUUCAAAGAGGCCAGUCAACAGGCGUGGCUGUACUUCGAGAACGCUCUCGCAGUGUACGCUCGACUGCUGUUUUACAAGACCUCGAUCAUGGGUGUCCAGGCCUUGACGCUGAUGGCCUACUACACGCAGAAUAUUGGCACUCCUUGUCUGGAAUACAUGCUUUCUGCGGAUGCAGCCCGACUUGCGUUCGCCAAAGGACUCCAUCGUGCGGCUCCUCCGUUCCAAGGAAUGACCGAACAAGACGUUGAGCAACGCAACCGCAUCUUCUGGGCAAUAUACUGCCUGGAGAAGCAGAUUGCAAAUCAAUCUGGUCGUUCAUCGAUGAUUGACGAUGACGAAGUUACAUGCCCCCUGCCCAGGAUGAAUGCUUCUGGCGAUGACGCAUUCAACAUUGCAUACUGCGACAGUCUCGUACGAAUUUCUCGGAUAUGCUCACGGAUCGACAAACGACUCUCUGCAGUGCAAUGCUCAACCAUGGGGCCGGCUGUAACUACGCAAGUGGUCAAUCAGUUGCAUGCCGAGCUCGAAGGCUUGAAGAACUUACUGCACGACAAGUACAAGCUACAUCUCGGCGCAAGAAUCGAUACAAGCUGUCUCCCGAAAGAUUUCAGACUUGAUCAGCUCGUGUACUUACAGUACACGUAUCUUACUGCCAUGCUAAAUGUACACACCAUCUGGGCCUAUCCUUGGUUUCGGACACUCGUAGGCCUAUCUACCGAGGACAAAUACCGCGAUCAUAUUUUACGCUCUACCGAAAUUGUAGCACGAACCUCGCGCGAGAUCGUAGUGAUGACCGAACACAUAAACUUCCGGGCUCAAACCACAGUCCCGGUUGCAUUCUUCGCACCGAUAUAUGCAAUGAUCAGCCUUUUCAUCUAUUGCCUCGAUCGUGGAAAGAGUUCAUCAGAUCUAGCCAUGCUGGACAUUGGAACCGGUUACUUUGCAAGACUUGGAAUCGAUAAAGAGUUCGCAUUGUACGUCCCGUUUGUAAGGGCUAUAACGUCUCUGGCAUAUGGACUCGAGGGAUCGACACACCAUCAGGAGCCCAUCGUGCGAAGCGAUGCGAUUGAGAUGCCGAAUUUAGGCGAAGAUUUCUGGCAGACUAGCCUUCUGGACGCUGAUACUUUGAUGCAGCUAGAAGAUUGGAGCACCUUCUCCAGAACUAGCCCGGUCUAG